AUGGAUUCCGAAAAGGACGAUCAACCCUGGACGCGAUCAAGCUGGGUGUUACUACGGCCCCAGGAGGCAAUUGCAGGAACCAGAUGGAAGGGUGCGUAUGCGGACGACGUGGCCGUAGUGAUUGUCGCUAAACACCUGGACGAGAUUCACCACAUGUUUGAUCUAGCAUUCCAGCAAGUAAACCAGUGGAUGGACACAAUGAAUCUUCAACUGGCGAAACAUAAGACUGAGGCAGUGCUUAUUACCAGCAGGAAAAUGACAGAGUCAGACAAAGCUCUACUGGAUGAUAAUGACAGUGAGGAGAUGUUGGAACAUGUUGAACAAGAUUCUGGAAAUACUGAGAAGGACCCAGCAUUACAGAUUAAGACUGAGAAAACUGAGGACGCGCUCCACAGUUUGUCUCAAUUCCGCAAAGGAUUAAUGCAACAGACAAAUGGUAAUAAUCCGGAAUCAUCAACAAAAUCUAGUGACAUUAAAGAUGUAAAAGUGUCACUUGAAAGGAUGAAACAUUUCUCAACUCCUGUCAAACCAGGCCAGUCGAUGAAUAAAGAUGACAAUAUAGAUGAUGGUAAGAAUGACAGCAAAGAUGAUGGUGCAGAUGAUGACUUUAAAGACAAGAGUGAACAGACCAAGAUUAAGAUUAGAAGCAGUGAAAAGAUGUUAAUGCUUGGUAAUAAGAAUUUAGAAGAGAUGAAGAGGUUGAUGUUGGAGUCAAACAAGCAGACUCAAGAGAUGGCAGCUCCAAUUGGAAAAACAGCUAGGAGACUCGAGGAAGUCUCUAUUGCAAUGUUAGAUGCACUAAAGGUGAUGACAAAAGGUUAUCAAUCAGAGUUAGAUCGAGAAAAGAUUAAAGCAGAAGCAGCAAAGGUAAAGAAUUCACAUAAAUUUCCUACUUUCCCAAAUAAGAAUGAUUUAGAAGUUACAAAUGGGAAUAGUACUAUCUCUAGAGAUUUGAAUGUAAUUAAAGAUGCAUUACUAUCAAAUCAAAGUAAGAUUAACGUUAGAAGAGAUUAUAGAUUAACUCAAAAAUCAAACUAUAAUAUCUGGUUUGAUUAUUUAAAAUCAGAACUUACUAGUUGUGAUUUAUUAGAUGUAAUAGAUGAAAAUAACAGCAAUGAUAAUAACUUAUCAAAUUCAAUGAACAAUAAAAAGAAAAUGCCUUGUUAG